CGCCGUGGCCUCCCGUAGUUGCGCGACACGUUGUGCGCGGACCUUAAGUUAAAGACGACCGUGUUUACCGCAACUCGGCGGAUUACUCUGCGAAGCAUCCUGUAUCAGAUUUCAGAAUGCCACCUAAGAAGUUAGACGAGCCAGAAAGGAAGCCUCUGAUCGGUCGAGUGGGGACCAACCUGAAAGUCGGCAUCGUCGGCAUCCCAAAUGUCGGGAAGUCGACCUUCUUCAACGUCCUCACCAAGAGCCAAGCUGCUGCGGAGAACUUCCCUUUCUGCACGAUCGACCCUAAUGAAAGUCGCGUCCCUGUACCCGAUACGAGGUUCGACUACUUGUGCGAGUACUUCAAGCCGGCCAGCAAGGUGCCAGCCUUCCUCAACGUCGUCGACAUCGCAGGACUCGUCAAGGGUGCAGCCGAAGGACAAGGCCUGGGCAACUCGUUCCUCUCUCAUAUCAGCGCCUGCGAUGGAAUCUUCCACCUAUGUCGAGCCUUCGAGGACGACGACGUGACCCACGUGGAGGGUGACGUGAACCCGGCGAGGGACCUGGAGAUAAUCAGCGAGGAGCUGCGCCUGAAGGACGUGGAGUUCCUGAACGCGCAUCUCGAGAAGCUGGAGAAGCUCGUCGUCCGAGGCAACGACAAGAAACUGAAGCCCGAAUACGACACGCUUCUCAAAGUCAAAGGAGUCCUCCUCGAGGAGCGGAAGCACAUCAGGUUCGCCGACUGGAGCGCGAAUGACAUCGAGGUGCUCAACAAGUACCUGUUCCUCACCUCCAAGCCCGUCAUCUACCUGGUGAACCUCUCGGAAAAGGACUACAUACGCAAGAAGAACAAGUGGCUGAUCAAAAUCAAGGAAUGGGUCGACAAGAACGACCCGGGCGCCGUUCUGAUUCCCUUCAGCGGCGCUUUCGAGAACAAGAUCAUCGAGAUAAACGAGGCGGAGCGUGCCAAGUACUUCGAGGAGCAGAAAGUGACGAGUGCCCUCGACAAGAUCAUCGUCCAGGGGUACAGAGCUCUUCAGCUGCAGUACUUCUUUACCGCCGGCCAUGACGAAGUCAAAGCUUGGACCAUCCAGAAAGGGACGAAGGCUCCUCAGGCUGCUGGCAAGAUCCACACGGACUUCGAGAAGGGUUUCAUCAUGGCGGAAGUCAUGAAGUUCGACGACUUCAAGAGCGAAGGCUCCGAAGGUGCCGUGAAGGCGGCCGGCAAGUACAGGCAACAGGGGCGCAAUUAUGUGGUCGAGGACGGCGACAUAAUCUUCUUCAAGUUUAACGCCGGCGCCGGUCUGAAGGAUGCUAAGAAGAAGUGAUGGCACGCCUUCCUGGUGUUGCUGCUCGUUCAUUUGUACAUCAACAUGAUUUUGCUCUCCUGCUGUACCCGCUCUUCACGGAUCAACCGAACGAACAUGUUCCUCGAUUCUCCCUAACUCGUCGCUGACUUGUAAUUAAAGGAAAGGAUUUAUUAAAAAACUAAAAGAAAGGAAAGAAACGGACAGGGCUCGCGCAUGGACCAUUGUGCCAUCGAGACUGGUUGACGCCGUGGGCGGGUUACAAAAUCAUCUUGGAGCUUCUGUCGGUGUACAUAAAUGCGAUAUCUUAGGAGCAAUGCACGACGGCGUGGGUGUCUCUCUGAAAGAGAUGUAAGGCGGUGUGACGGAGUGAUACUCUCGGCCGAGUUUUAAAGUAACUCGGCCAUUUCUUUGUAACGUUCUGUAUUUAUUUUAUAAACUGUCAAGGAACCAA